UCAGUUGACGUUCGGUUAUCGAAGCAAACGGAAACGGUUUCGUUGCGUGUGUAAAUAUAUAUAAAAAAAAAUAUAUCUAUAAAAAAAAAAUGUUUAUAGCGAAGUAUGUUAACCCUUAGCUUAAGGCUUAAACAUUUUUAGAAAAAAAAAAAAAAAAAAAACAAAAUAAGAAUAGAACGAAAAAACGAAAAUAUGAAAAGUGUCAUAAAAAUAGACUGAAAAACGCAUUUUCUAUUAUUUUUUCUACCAGUACAUAGAAACAGAACGAAUUCGUCAUUUAAUCUAUAGCUAAAACUUCAAAAAAAAGGAAACAAAAACGGUGUUCACACGCAAAAUAUAAGGUUGGUUGACUUAUAUAUGAAGAAGUUGUAAAUCGAUACGCGAACUUGUUGUUACAUUGUGUGUGCGUUACGUUUAUUCGUUUCAUUGGGAGGGGUCAUAACUCAUAAUUACACUCUAGACCCGAGUUGCACGGCGGGCGUGUAACCUCGCGUGUUCUAUAUUUUCACUUUUACCCUGCCUUAACCCUUUUUUCGUUUGCUUUCUUCAACAAACCCCCAUUACCCCACCCAAACCGGAAUAAAUUAAAAUCGAAAUUCCCAUUUGAGAGAGAAAAAAAUAAAAAAAGGGUAAAAGUAACAAAAUUGAAACCAAACCGGAUGACAUACCACUCGGAGAUUUAAAUUACUUUCCGGUAAAAGAAAAUGGAAAUCCCGUCGGUUAAAGUGUUCAGAUCACCCACAAUAUCCAACACACCUGCACCGGUUCAAGCCCACUGACUCACCCUUCUGUUGCGUCGCGUCGUUCUUUCGUUUGUUCGGUCGUUCGUUUUCAAACAACCCUCUUUUUGUCCUCCUUACGCCAGCCAGCCUGUCAAAAGAAACGGUAAAGCGGUACCGGAAAAACCAAUACGUCAUGUCAUGUUGCGUAUAUGUUGAUGCUUGUGUUGCAUACUUAAUGGAGCAUAGAACCUACUUUGGAAGAAAAGUCUGAAUUCUUAACUCGCCUUGUCCCACAUUGCACCAAUAAAUAAAAGUCGAAAUAAAAAGAACAGGAUUCCAGCACAGCAAACAGCAGGAAACACAGAAUAGGAACAAACCUACAAAAAAAAAAAAUAAAUAAAUAAAAAAUAAAACAACAACGACCAAAGGAGAGAAUACAAAAAAAAAAAAAAACUCGUGAGUCCUGAGCUGAGAACACACAGCGAGCGAGAGAGAACGGAUUCAAAUCUAGAUACAAAAAAACUAUGUGCACUAUAUGUUAACAGUGAGCACUCAUUUGUCCUGUUAUGCCAAGGAUUUGAUAUUUGAACUUUAGGUGCAAUAGCUGAAGGGAGAAAUAUCAAAACCAUCAUCAACAUCAUCAGGCCAGAGAGGUGCAACAAGACGAGGGACAUUAGAUUUUUCCAUCCUAUCCCAUACAACACAAAACCAUCCAACCAACAAAUACCCUUUCUAUAACAUUGGAGCUUUGAAGUGUGGCAUUCUCCAACCUCUCUUCACCUCCACAUCACUACGCCCUCUUUUUGUGUAAAAAGGACUCGCGGAACUCAACAAUAACAACGAACAAUGUCAACGACGACAACGUUGACGUCGACAACGAGCUGCGCGAGGAUGGAAUUUUAAUUUGCAUUUAAUCGCUGUUGCAUAUGAUUAAUGUGGCAACAGCCUUACCCCCAUUUUCAUCAGAACUGUCGGUCGGUCGUGUGUAGCCAGCCAAAAACCUUAGAUAGCCAUCCAGUCCCGGCCUUGUCUCAACUAAGCAAUCAGUGAAAUUACUACGACAAACCAUCACACACAACUUCACAUGCACAAGGUAAUACAUAGAGGGAGGAGUGCAACAAUUCUGUUACAAAAUGUUACAACUUGCUUCAUAUGCAGGAUAACAACUCUGAGAAUGAAUUUUGACUUGAAAAUACAAAUCAGCUGAAUAUAGUCCUUGAAUCGAACCACGAAGUAACAACAAUAUAUAGCAAGCAACUAGAAUGACUCAACCCGUCGAUUUACAUAUUCACAUACUUAGCUUUUUUACAGUGGCAUUUGCAGUCCUCAUCCACAAAGCCAAUUGCAUAGACUGUUUCAAGUGUGUUUCCUACAAUGGAGCGAAUAAGGCGUGCGAUGAUCCUUUCCACAAUAACUAUACCACAGAAAUACUGGAAUCACCCUGCAUGGGUGGCCGCAAAGGACGUGAUGGACUAUUUCCAGCUACAGCCUGCAUCAAAAUCGCCGGUUAUUACGAUGAUACCGGUGAAACAAUUACAGUACGAGGAUGUGCUCUGGAUAGCGGAACUCUAACGACAGAUACAGAAAUUAUUCGCAUGUCUCAUUGUGGCAAGUUCUACUAUGACGACAGGUAUGUUCAUGGAUGCCUGCAGAGUUGUAACGAUGCAGAUGCAUGCAACACGGCACCAGCAGUAAGAAUACAACCUCAACUACUGCAAUUUCGAAUAUUAAUAUUGACGAUGGCAACACUCUCGAGACUAUUCAGAUAGCACACAUGGAAUUUGUAGUGUUUUUGUUAAGUUUUUUUUUUACUUUAAUAUUUUAUUUUUAAUUUAAGAGAAUAUAAUUAUAUAUUAUUAAUUUUACCGUAACGAAAAGCGUUGUAGUUAGAUUUUUGCACAAAAUAAUGUGAUUUAAUUUUAGAAUAUUAGUUAUCGUAAAUAAUAACUAAUAAUUAAGUGUUGAUAAAUUACAUAUAUUAUUCUUUUGUUUUUUGUUAACUUAAAAAGUAUAUAAUUACAAAUACAGAAUUUAAUUGUUAUUUAUUUUAAAUAAGUUUGGUUGGGUAAAAGUUAAAAUUAUAUACCUACAGAUAAGAAAUUUAAGCGGAUCAAAAGGAAUAUAGUUGUAGGAAUUUUCGUUUUAUAAAUAUUUAUAAAUAAAAAAAAAAGAAAAUAAAAAUAAAAAAUACGAUAAAAUAGAAAUAGAAAAUCAAAAUAAAUAAAUGCAGGUAAAAACAAAAAUGCUAUUUGGUUAAUGUAAAUAUGUAACUAUAAUUAAUAACCGUUUAGUAGGUAGAUAGGUGAUAAAUUAAAAGGUGUGACAUUCUUUAUUUUAAAUAAUUUGUUUUUGAUUUUAAAGGAACGAGGGUAGAGUAAAUAUUAUAAAUUAAAACUCAAAAUUCUGUAUAAAUGAUCAAAUAUUUUAGCAAUACAAAAUUUAAUAUAUUAAUAACAUAAUAAGUAAGUAAUAUCAAAUUUCGUUUUAUCAAUGAUCUAAAGAUUUCGAUGGUUUAAUUUAAAAACAUUUCACUCAGACACCUAGAUUAUUUUAUUUUAAAGAAUAAGCCUUCAGAUCCAAAAGGCUUUUAACAUUAAGCUCAUUGUUUUGCAAAAAUGAAGUUAAACCUUAUGAAAAAAAUAAUUCACCAUAUUACAAACAAAUUUCACAGUGUUUGAAAUUAAGUUCAUUCAUUUCGAAACCAAAUUCACUUUUAUGUAUGCCAGUCAAAUUCGCCUUUUGAAAAUCCACUGCAUGAAUUUAUCAAUAAAGGAGAAUGGACAAAUUAACAUAGAACAUGGACGUAGCGCAGCCGUGGAUUCGUAUAUUUUUGAUGUAUGUAAUUAAAAUAUUGCCCAGAAAUUGUAUCUUUCUGGUGUACUUCACAAACAGAUAAAAUGCAUUUUUGGAUUUAAGACUUUAGAAAGACUGCAUCUAUGUUAUCACUUCAACGUGUAUCUUAAUGGCAACAUAAUAUAUGGUGAUCUGUCAUUUUCUCUGUGCCUGAAGACCUUUAUCUUGAAUAUCUCACCAAAUAGAAUAACAAAUAUAUGCUUUUUAAAACAACAGUUUCGGGUCAAUUUUGAGAGUUUUAUUGUUCAAUUUAUUGUUAGUUUGAAUAAUAUAAAAACUCUCGAACAAAAUCUCAAAGUAGUGGGCUUAAAAACCUUAUAUUUUAAGUUUAUUGAAGAUUUAUGUUUUCAGACUUAGAACAAAAUGACAUGACAAAAUUUCAUAUUUAAAAUAAGAAUAUAAUUCAAUUUGUCCUUCAGACAUUGCACGAUGCAUUAACAAUACUAAUUUUGCUAUAUCUUACGUUCUUAAUGCGCCCAUUUAAAAAGUUUUUCUUAAGUUACAGCUCUUUCAUUUGAUACCAAUUUCCUUUAAUGGCUGCCGAACGUCCAAAAUGCACAUUCCCCUUUAACUUAAUUCAAAUUUUAAUAUGAGAGCUGAAGCUCUGUAAUUUUUUUCUUGAACUGAGGAACUUAAUUUUGGCGCUCUGAUGGAUAGAACUGGAGCAUAUACAUAUACAACUUUAAAAGUAGUGACUAUAUACUGGGUGUCCCAAAAGAAAUGGAUCAAACAAAAUUUGCUGAUAGGCCAACUUUAGGGCUCUCAGAAUUUGGUAACUUGUUCAUUCCAAAUCCUUAUCGUUUUCGAUUUAAUGCAGUUUUUGUGACAUUUCGAAAAAUCCCGACUUUGCAACAGUAUUUUGCUUUUUCCGCUCAUAAUUGAUUUUUGUUUUUUACAAUUCUUUCACUAAAACAUUGUCUAAUAAUAAGAAAUAAUUAAUAAAUCAAAAUAUUUUUUAUUUCAUACGCCAUUUUGCUGCAAGUUAAUUAGUUCCAUGUUUUAAAAAAAAACUCAUUUUCUUACUUUUAUUUCAGAGCAAACCCCUGAAAAAAAUUUGUUAAUAUUCUUCUGUACAUUCACUCAUGUUGGGAACUAUGUUAAAAUCUAAUUUAUGGGAAAACUAAUCAACUUUUCAAUGGAUUUUUAAAAAAAAAUAACUUUCAAUUAACAACGGUUGGCAUCGUUCUAUGUUUUCAAAACUUUUCAUAAAAAAGUAAAAAGAUAUCGAAAUUUAAUUUGUAGGUAUACACUAUCAAUUGAUAUUUGUAAAUCGUAAUAAGGUUCAUAAUCUCCAUGGGAUUGAAUAGUAUUUUCAGGUGCACACUUUAUGUUUUAGUUUUUGCGUCCAUUUUGGCUGUAUUAAAAAAAACUGUGGUCGCUAUUACAAGCCAACCCCAAUGUUACAAAUACGGAUACGAAUCCCAAAAAAAAUUCCCUGGUUCCUAUUGUACCUACUUCAAAUAUUUCCUACGAAACUCUGAAUUUGGUACUUUUUUCAGAUUAAAUCAGUAUCUGUAAUAGAAAGAUUUCGCAAAACCAUUAAGCCUACGUAGAUAACUUCAAACUUUAGUUUCAGAAACUUUGAUAAACUCGUUUUGUCAAAAAAUAAGCUUUAAAAAUUAUGACCAUCAACACUGAUAAAUUUCGGUACUUUUUUUUAAAUAUUUUUUUGCAAUAAUAUAAAACACUCUGUUUUAAAGAUCAGAACAAAUUGGUUUAGCAAAUAGUCUGCUAAAAUCGACAAGUUGCUGGCCCUAACGGCGAUAUAUUAAUAUGCAGAGAAUCUUAGAAUUGAGACCUCCCGAAAUGUUGUUUAAAAAUUAAAUAAAAUCGUUUUGAACAUAUUAAAAUCAGAUCAUUUGAAAAUCUAAAAAGAAAUCCACUUGUUGAUUGUUAUGAUAAUAAGAUUUGAGCUCACUUCCUAUUUACCUUAUUUUACCUUAAGUUGUUAAAUAUUAAUACGUACUCUCCUCGGAGUUCUUUUUUUAUAGAUCUAGUUUAGUUAUUCAAAAGAACGUCACG